AUGGUCACAACAAGAGCUCAAUCGCAGACACCGCGCAAGUCGAGAGGUCGAGUCUCGUUCCCCACCGACGCUGACAGCAAUUCACCCGCACCGGCGACACCCACGCCCGCUUCUCGCUCUACCUCGUCGCGAAGCUCACCCACCAAGCGCACUUCGUCCUCUUCCACUUCCGCCCCUUCUUCACCUGCCGUCCGCCGACGUAAAUCUUCCGUCAUGAGCCAAAAGUCGCUUUCCAAGGAACAGCUCGGGCCCAAGACCAAGCACUACGAGUUUGCUGGCCCCUUUGGCGCCGCCUUUGUCUCGCUCACAGUGCCCUUCUUCGCCUACUACCUCUACUUUGGCUGCUCCGAGAAGCUCGGCUGCGAUCUCACGCUUCCCGUACAGAACCCCGAUGCGCUCCGCUCCGUCUUUGUUCGGGGCGUCAAGGAUAGCCUCUUCGACACUACCGCCUGGGCUCUCUACGCUGCCUGGUAUGCCUUCACCGUACUCGCUUGGAUCGUGCUUCCCGGCAAAGACUUUCAAGGCACCGAACUCCGCACUGGCCAGCGUCUCCACUACAAGCUAAACGCCUUUGCUACCUUUGUCGUUGUCGUCGUUGCUUCGGUCGCCUAUAUCUUCCACAACGGUCCCGCGAGCUUCACCAUCUUCUAUCAACACUGGCCUGGCCUCGUCUCUGCCGCCCUCUUCAACUCGUUUGCUCAGGCAGUCUACUGCUACCUUAGCUCCUUCGGCCAAGGCAAGCUGCUCGCUCUUGGUGGUAACUCGGGCAACGUGCUGUACGACUGGUUCAUCGGCCGUGAGCUCAACCCUCGCAUCGGCAACUUUGACAUCAAAUCGUUCAACGAGCUUCGACCCGGUCUGAUUCUCUGGGCUCUCCUUGACAUCAGCUGUGCGUGCCACCAGUAUGUCCAGCUGCACGGCCGCAUCACCGAUAGCAUGGCGCUCGUCUGCGCCUUCCACCUCUGGUACGUCGCUGAUGCGCUUUUCAUGGAGUCGUCCAUCUUCUCCACCAUGGACAUCACCACCGAUGGCUUUGGUUUCAUGCUCUCUGUUGGCGACUUGGUCUGGGUGCCCUUUGUCUACAGUCUCCAGGCGCGCUACCUCGCCUUCCGCCCCGUCCGCCUCGGCAUCGCCGGCACUGCUGCCAUUAUCGGCGUCAACCUCGUCGGAUACUACAUCUUCCGUGAAGCCAACUCGGAAAAGAACCAGUUCCGCAACGGGACUAACCCCAAAAACCUGAAGUACAUGACCACUUCGUCUGGACGAAAGCUCCUGACUUCGGGUUGGUGGGGACGCUCGCGACAUCCCAACUACCUCGGCGACUGGAUUAUGGCCUGGGCCUGGUCGCUCCCUUGCGGCUUUGCCACGCCCAUCCCUUACUUCUACGUCGCCUACUUUGCCGUUCUGCUUGUCCACCGACAGCUGAGGGAUGACGAGGCGUGCCAGAAAAAGUACGGAAAAGACUGGGACAAGUACUGCAAAUUGGUUCGCAGCCGCAUCAUUCCUGGCAUCUACUAG